AUGACGGAGAAGCCAAGGGCCUCGCAAGUAGUAGUGGACCCAAGCCCAUCGAUGAGCCUGCAGCGAAUGCCAGCGCAGUCCAGGGCGUAUUCCCCCGAUGAGGAUUGGACCGGUGUCACCAAUCCGGCUGCGCGGCGCAGACUACAGAAUCGGCUGAACCAGAGAGCCUACCGGCUACGCCGACAAGGCCAAGACAAACGAGCUGCACAGGCGAACAAUGCCCAACCUGAGUCCACCCGGCAUGGCCCGACUACCGCAAAAGCGCCGGCACAGCAUGACUCUAUGAAAUGCGGGUUAUCUGAGCUGCAACAUCUGGAGUGUACAUUUGCCCCUCCCAACAUCCAUGAACUUAUGGCCCAGUUCGAGAGGCAAGCGAUGGCCCGCUAUGUCGAGGGUUCGCCCAGAACAGACCUUCUCCUCAAUUUGAGCAGACUAAAUGUUCUACGUGCAGCUUACCAGAACGUCGUCGCAAUUGGCAUGACCGCUGAAUGGAUGUGUCAGGAUAGUACAAUUUCGAUUUUUAGUUUGGCCAGUCCACACCGUCGUGAGGAUGGCAUCCCUCAAAGCUUACAGCCCACGCCAUUGCAGCGAACCGUACCGCACCACCCAUGGCUUGAUGUUUUCCCCAUUCCGCAAAUGCGGGAUAACCUCAUCCGUGCAGGGAACGAUUUAGAUGAUGAUGAGUUGUGCCAUGAUCUCACGGCAUUCUGGGAUACACGCAGUAGCAACGCGACAAUGCUUGUAUGGGGAACCCCUUGGGACCCUGAGAACUGGGAGGUCACCGAGGAGUUUGCAAAGAAGUGGGCCUUUUUUCUUCGAGGGUGUCCUGAGAUUCUCAUUUCGACAAAUAAAUGGAGAGCCCGGAGGAGUGAAAAACCGCUUGUUUGGAAGAAAGUUUUUGGUACUCAAUAA